AUGGCACUGAAAGAGGAGAGUCAAGCACUGAAUGAAACAGAAGAGAAAGACCGAAAGGAGAAACAUCAUGACUUCAAAACUGAAGACAAAUCAUUUAGUUACUCAAGUACUGAAAAGAUUUUCUUACGAAAUAAAGCUCAAAAAACACAAACUACAAGCCUUAAUUCCCACAGGAGAAUUCACACUGGAGAGAGCUCUUUCACCUGCCAACAGUGUGGACACAUUUUCAAUCGAAAAGGAAGCCUUACAGUCCACAUGAAAAUUCACAUUGAAAAGAAGCCAUUAAUAUGCCCUCAGUGUGGAAAGAGAUUUACACAGAAAAAAACCCUUAAUGUCCACAUGAGGAUUCACAUUGGAGAGAGACCUUACGCCUGCAAACAGUGUGGGAAGAGUUUCACAGUAAAUGGAGAUCUUAAAAUUCACAUGAGAAUUCACACCGGAGAGAGACCGUUCAUAUGUGUUCAGUGUGGAAAGAGUUUUAAAGAGAAAAAAUCCCUUAAUGUUCACAUGAGGAUUCACACUGGCGAGAGACCGCAUGAAUGUGAUCAGUGUGGAAAGAGUUUCACACACAAAAAAAACCUUAAUGUCCACAUGAGGUUUCACAUUGGAGAGAGACCUUACGCCUGCAAACAGUGUGGGAAGAGUUUCACAGUAAAUGGAGAUCUUAAUAAUCACAUGAGAAUUCACACCGGAGAGAGACCGUUCAUAUGUUUUCAAUGUGGAAAGAGUUUUAAACAGAAAAAAUGCCAUAAUGUUCACAUGAGAAUUCACACUGGAGAGAAGCCUUACAUCUGUAAUCAAUGUGGAAACUGUUUCAGAUAUAAAGAAAACCUUAAUAAUCAUAUGAGGAUUCACUCAAGAGAGAACAGUUUUAAAUGUAUUCAGUGUGAAAGGAGUUUCAUAGACAAGAAAUGUCUUAAGAAUCAUGUUACAAUUCACUUAGGAGAAAAGCCUUUCAUGUGCCAUCACUGUGGAAAGAGUCUCACAAACAAUGCAAACCUUGAGUCUCACUUGAGAAUUCACACUGGAGAGAAACCUUUCACCUGCAAACAGUGUGGAAAGAGUUUCAGAGUUAAAGGAAACUUAGUGACUCACAUGAGGGUUCACACUGGAGAGAAGCCAUUCACAUGUCUUCAGUGUGACACGAGUUUCACGUAUAACAAAGACCUGAAACAUCAUUUGAAAACUCAUUCUGGGAAGAAAUUGCCGUUUUCCUCAGUGUGA